AUGGAGGAAGGCUGGCUGCGUCGCUUCCUGGAGCGUCACUCGUCCCUCACAUUAAGGACGUCACAGCCCCUCUCUAAGUGCCGUAAUGAGGUGGAAGAGCGCGAUCUUGCAGUGUUGUUCUCGUCCCUAGCUAAGGUCAUGAUAGAGCACAAAAUUGGCGCAUUAUCCCUGGGAUUCCCAGUUACUGGUGACUAUGUUUCUGGCGUGAAUGCAUCUUCUGCAGCUGGUCGUGUGUCUUUGUCUGGUGGCGUUAGCAGCCUUUCGACGGGCGGCGCAGUGUCAGUGUCUAGCGGUGGUGGUAGUGUGUCGAGUGGCGCUGUGUCGAGUGGUGCUGGGAGUGGUGAUGCCAACGACGAUUUGUGUGUGUCUGGCGACGUGUCGAUUCUGUCGCGAACGUGCUCCGUCUUCCACAAGCACAUCGAGUUCUGCAGGCUACCGGCGUUCGAGAAGGAGGCGCUGCGUGACGUACCCGACGUGGCGAUGCACCUCAUUUCUUGCUCGACCGAGAGCAAUGACAGGAGGUCGCCCAGUGACGCGCUCGCGGCGCUGCAGGCUGACGGUGACAGUUCGUCCUCCAUCUGUGAGUACCCGCAGUUCCUCCUCAUUGCCCGCUGCUUGCUGGACUUCGUGGUCAACCACGCGUACAAUGACGUGUCCGUGAGAAAUCCACUCAGGGAUCCAAGCCGCCUGUACACGCACUACAAGAAAAAGAACGACUCCAACAUCUUAGCGACAUAA